AACAAAAUCAUAGUGAAAUUUGGGAACUCGAACGCGAUAGGCGCAAAUAGCUAACUCCGUGCUUUCUUUAGUUGCAAGAAUAUUGUGAUGCUCUAUUAAAUCCCUCCGGAAUCCGUGGUUAUUUUGUCUAUUCCAAAACUACAAAAAUGUUCUCCAAAUUUCCUCUAAGUUUGGUAUUCGUUCUUAUACUAUAUGUUGGGUUGCGGAUAUUCCUUCUAUACCUAGAAUUCGAUUUAACCGUAACACGAUGCGUCAUAGAGCUCAUAAGGUUAUUGGUGUCGGGGAUAAUUGUUGUUUUAAUGGAAAAUCUGAAUAAGAAUCAGAACAAAUAUCAAAGCUACGUUAUCUUUUUUCUGUUGACGCUUCCUGAUAUGAUAUAUAACGUUCAUCAGUUCCAAGUGUAUAGAUAUGGGAAACUGUUGCGAAUUUUCGAGUAUUACCCAAAUAACAGAAAUCAUGUUGACGAUAUACAAAAACAAUUUAAAUGCUGCGGACUGACUUCUUACAAAGAAUACGCAAAUUGGGGUCUACCAGUGCCAACGAGUUGUAAGCGCAGUGACGAACUGAUGGAUUUUUACAAAGAUGGCUGUUUGAACCAAAUUUCGAAGUUAUCUUCCUUAAAACAACUUACUUUGUUCUCCAGUAUUGGACUCGCUCUUAUGUUUUACUUAGUUCAUUUGGUGACCCUUAUCAAAGAAAAUCAGCGGAGAUGAAAGCAAGAGAUUUCUAGAACGAAACCAUUAACGCGGUUAGUUCAAUAGUCAGCGAGGUGAAAAGAGCCUUUGGCAAAAAUGUACCAAAUGGGAUUUUUUAUACUAAUUUUUAUUAAAUAACAAUAAACACACAAUUCACCAAUAUCA